ACUUCGUUCCAGCCGAUCUGAUCACAAGCACAACCGACAACCACCCAGCCUCAAAGUCACUGUCUUAACAAAGGACUGCGUGCUGUAUGCUAUAAUGCCCUCUUAAAUUACAGAUCAAAUUCUCAAUCCUCUCUUCCACCUGCUCCAACUUCACAAAUCUAAAUCUCUCAGAACCCUCUCACUCACUGUCUUCUCUCUUUGGUCCAGAAGUAGAAGCAGCAAACGCAAGAUGGGCUCGGUCUCUCUUAAAAUAGGGGAUGGAACAGCCAGAUUCAGAAGAGCAUCCCUGUGCUCUUCAGCAGUCAACAUUCUCAUGCUUUUCUCCGUGCUCACCACCAAUCUUUUUGCUCUCUACGCUUUCACAUCCUCCCCAAAGGACCACCAAAACCACUUACUUCUCCGCAAUCACAAGAACAUCUCUCUUAUCUCAGAGCAGGUCUCUCUGAUCCUCAGAGAGAUCGCUGUCUCGCAGAAAAAGCUGGCCAAGAUGGAGAAGGAGCUCCUUGGCUAUGAAAGCCUGGAUCUUUCAAGACCCAACCUCGCUAACGAGCUCAAAGUCUAUCUCCAGCCCCACCAGCUCCCACUGGGGAAAGAUUCAAAAACUGGAAUCACUGAAAUGGUGGCUUCCGUGGGUCAUUCCUGUGAGAAAUCCGUGGACCUAUUGUCCCAGUAUAUGGCCUACAAGGUUUCUGGACCUUGCCCUGAUGACUGGAGCCUUGCCCAGAAGCUAAUUUUACGCGGAUGCGAGCCUUUGCCGAGAAGGAGGUGCUUUUCCAAAUCUGUUCCUAAGGUUGGUCUCUACCCUUUUCCUACUUCUCUUUGGAAACCUGUUGGUGAUAAGAAUGUUACUUGGAGUGGGCUUGGGUGUAAAAGUUUUGAGUGUUUGAACAACAAGAAAUUGAGCAGGGAUUGUGUUGGUUGUUUUGAUUUGGUUAAUGGGUAUGAGAAUCAGAGGUUUGUUAAGGCUAGAGGCAAAAAUGAUUUUCUUAUUGACGAUGUUUUAGCUUUGGGAGGUGGAGGGAUCAGAAUUGGCUUUGAUAUUGGAGGUGGGUCAGGUACCUUCGCUGCUAGAAUGGCAGAGAGGAAUGUGACUGUGAUCUCUAAUACCUUGAAUAUUGAUGCCCCAUUUAGCGAAUUUAUCGCUGCAAGAGGACUUUUCGCUCUAUUCUUGAGUCUAGAUCAUCGGUUCCCUUUCUAUGACAAUGUCUUUGAUUUGGUUCACGCCUCAAGUGGAUUGGAUAUCGGGGGAAAACCUGAGAAAUUGGAGUUCCUUAUGUUUGAUAUUGAUCGCAUUCUGAGGGCUGGCGGCUUGUUUUGGUUGGAUAAUUUUUACUGUGCGAAUGAAGAGAAGAAAAGGGAGUUGACAAGGUUGAUUGAAAGGUUUGGAUAUAAAAAGCUGAAAUGGGUCACAGGGGAGAAGGCAGACGCAGCCGGGUCAGGAAAAUUAGAGGUUUAUUUGUCUGCCGUUUUACAGAAGCCUGUAAGAGUAUGACAGGAGCUUCACUAGGAAACUGCAAGAGACCCAUCAAUAUUGCUCUUUACAGAGAGGCCAUAGACCCAAAGAGGGGGAUUUGCCCAUGAACCAUGGCCCUCGAGUCUUAUGUGAACCGGACCCCACCCGGGACAAAAUAUUGGGCACUGCAGCCCAUAUCCAUGGUGGAGGCGAAUGAGUUAACCGACUCAUGGUCCGACUCUUAAAGUAAAGGACCGGAUCCUUUUUAGGUUUUGCUUGGAUAUCUUUCUGGCUUUUGUUUGGUAGUGCAAUCAAUCAUAAUGACAGUCUCCAUCAA